AUGGACAUGAAAGCCAAAUCUGUUCAGGAUUUGUUGCCUUAUCUCAUGAUGAUAAAGCAAUCAUUUUGUCAUUUCGGGACCAACUCAUUCACUCAAUUAUUACUUGAAAGUUCUGAGAUUGCCUGUAAAAGUCAAACAGAAGUUAAUAUUGGAGGCAAGGUAGCUACUUAUUUCACUGAGAUUUAUGAACAAUUAAGAGCUGAAGGAAUAAUUACUUGUGUCAUAAAUUUAAUAAAAAUUUAUACAGAUUACGAACUUUGGGUAACAGGGCAUUCUCUAGGUGGUGCUCUAGCAUCACUCGCCGCAGCAGAAAUUGUUUCUAGUAGAUUAAUUAAUGCUCAAAAUAUAAAAUUAUUAACACUUGGACAGCCAAGAACGGGAAAUUGGGUUUGGGCUGCUGCUAUGGAUCAAAUUCUUCCUUAUUAUAAUUAUCGUGUUGUUAAUCAUCGCGAUGUAAUUGCUCACUUACCAAUGCGCUUUUUUGAGGGGUAUCAUCAUUAUAGUACUGAGAUUUGGUACAAUAAUGGAAUGGAUGGUGAUGAAGAUGGGAAUGAAGAUACAUUUAUUGUUUGUAAUGAUAUGGACGAAGAUGAUGAUAACUGCAGCAAUUCACUUUGGCAAUUAAAAAUAUUUUUGAAAAAUAAUUAUUUUAUUUAUUUUUAG